GCAAUGUUAGGGUUAGGUUUUUUUGUAUUUAUUUUAAUUAUUGUGAAUUAACUAGAUUUUUGUUACAUGUGUGUGUCUGCGCUCAAGUGAGGAUAAUUAAUUUUGUAACUUUUGAAUAAGAUUUUUACGAGUGCAGAAUAAUUGUUGUCAUGAGUCAAGCUCCAAGCGGAUAGAUAUAUAUGGAUAUAUAAUUAGAGUGAUGUUUUAUGUCAAAUUUUAAGGGUUUGAAUUCGGAAAUUAUGAGGAUUAAUGUUGUUUAUUUGUCGUGAGGUGUUAAACACACUUAAACUAUGCAAUAAUCUAGUAUUAUAGUUGAUUCUUAAGUAUCUUGUUGGGUCCAAGAUAAUAAGGUAAGACUGUGUGGGUUCACGUGAUAGAUAUGCAAAUGCAGUAAUGUAUGUAGAGAUACCAUAUAAUGGAGCUUGGGAGGAGAGAUGGGUAAUUAUUUUUAAUGUGUUGUAGUUUUCAGCUAGCACACUGUGGUUUUUGUGGAGAGAAAAAGUGCAAGUAGGGAGUAGGAGUGUAGGCCCAUUGCCUUUGGGGGUUUGGCCAUAUUACAAAAGAACAACUAUAUACAAAGAAAGUGCCUUGUAUAGUCAGCAAUUGCACAGUUUCACAUACAUAUAGCCAAUCAAUCUUUUCUUGUCUUCUCUCCUCUUUUGAUUAUACAAAAGUUUGGGCCUGGGAGGCUGUUGAUUAGGGAUUUGGUUGUAGUAAUUAGAGAAGGGGGUUGAAAAACAAUGGAAAAUUUUGUGGAAAAUAGUGAUUUGUAGUAAUUCUUUUGAAAAUGUUUCUUUGAUCAGUUUCUUUUUUAUGCCUUAAAAGCUUCAUCACCCUGAGUUGGGCCACUUAGGUGGUUUCUUGAUUAACUUGCUUUUGGAAAAAGUUCCCUUGUUGGGUUGUACUGUUACUAGUUCUUUAGUUUGCUUUGACUAUGUGGGUGUGGGUGACUUUAUUUAUGGGUCAUACUAUGGGAUAUCUACAUGUAGUUGUUUUUUCAUUACCCAAGAUUCUUUUUAUAUGAUCUGGAGCUGUACCCAUUUUAUGAAUGAGAAGGUGGUGGUACCAUUUCUUGAAGUCUCCGGUGGACCUUACACCACAUGACGAUGUGUUCAAUUUGCUUGACCACCAUGAAACCAGGCCAGGGACAUGCCAUUUUCACUGCAGAAUGUUCACACUCCUUCCACUUCCAUUGCAUCACCAAUAAUGUAAAACAUGGAAACCAGAUUUGCCCGGUUUGUCGAGCAAAAUGGAAGGAAGUUCCAUUUCAAAGUCCUGCUUCUGAUCUUUCUGGUAGACGUUCUAGAAUUAGUCGUGGCGUUUGGCCUCAAGACAAUGGUUGGAUGACUGUAGUUCAACGGCUCCCUCAUUCCCGUCCUGAUGCAAAUCGCCAUAUUUCUCCACUUCGUCAAGCCCAUGAACCAAGUGUCUUCGAUGAUGAUGAACUCAUGGAUCACCAACGUGAGGUUACUGCAAAAAGUUCAUCUGACAAUACUUAUACUAGUGACCAGUCAAUUGGGGCAAUAGAAAUAAAGACAUAUCCUGAGGUUUCUUCUGUUGCAAGAUCAGCAUCUCAUAGCAACUUUAACAUAUUAUUACAUCUUAAAGCUCCCAUUAGUGGAGAGCAACACAAUGGUGAAGACCAGGCUAUUUCAAAUUCUCAGAACCCUCGUGCUCCAGUAGAUCUUGUCACUGUACUUGACAUCAGUGGUAGCAUGGCUGGUACAAAGCUUGUUUUGCUAAAACGAGCAAUGGGAUUCGUUAUACAAAAUCUAGGGCCUUCUGACAGGCUUUCGGUCAUUGCUUUCUCCUCCACAGCUCGACGCCUCUUUCCACUUCGCAGGAUGACAGACGCUGGAAGGCAGGAAGCCCUGCAGGCUGUUAAUGCACUCAUUUCAAAUGGUGGCACAAAUAUUGCUGAGGGGCUGAGAAAGGGUGCCAAGGUAAUGACAGAUCGCAAAUGUAAGAGCCCAGUCAGCAGUAUUAUACUCCUAUCUGACGGGCAGGAUACAUAUACCAUCACAAGUCCCCGUACUAAUUCCAGAACUGAUUACCAGUCACUCCUUCCAUCCUCCAUGCGCCGUGGUAGUGGUGCAGGCCCCCACAUUCCAGUUCAUUCAUUUGGUUUCGGUGCAGAUCAUGACGCGGUUUCAAUGCACUCAAUCUCUGAAGCCUCUGGGGGGACAUUUUCUUUCAUAGAAGCGGAGAGUGUAAUUCAGGAUGCUUUUGCACAAUGCAUCGGAGGGCUAUUAAGUGUCGUGGUGCAGGAACUCCAGGUGGUAGUUGAUUGUGUUAAUCCAAGUUUGUGUCUGAACUCAAUAAAAGCUGGGAAUUACAAAUCCACUGUAACAGCCGAUGCAAGAACGGGCUUCAUAGAAGUCGGGGAUCUGUAUGCUGAAGAAGAGAGAGAUUUUCUGGUAAUACUGGACAUUCCAGUUGAUAAAUACAGUGCUGACAUGACAUUGAUAAAUGUUAAAUAUCAUUACAAAGAUCCUAUCACAAAAGAAUUAGUGAGCUUGGAAGAAUCCAGGAAUGUGGUAAUUCAAAGGCCUGAAGAUGCUGGACAACUUUCAGUGUCCAUGGAAGUGGACAGGCAGCGAAAUAGGCUUUGUGCAGCAGAAGCAAUGGCCGAAGCACGGGCAGCUGCUGAACGUGGUGAUUUAACCGCUGCAGUGUCUGUCCUUGAGCAAUGUCGUAAACAACUGUCAGAGACGGUGUCAGCAAAAGCUGGCGAUAGGUUGUGUGUUGCACUAGGUGCUGAAUUAAAGGAAAUGCAAGAGAGGAUGGCAAACCGUCGUGUCUACGAGUCCUCAGGGAGGGCUUAUGUUCUGUCCGGUUUAAGCUCACAUUCAUGGCAGCGAGCAACUGCAAGAGGUGAUUCUAUGGAUAGUACAACUCUAAUGCAUGCUUAUCAGACCCCAUCAAUGGUUGACAUGGUCACUCGGUCCCAGACAAUGUAUUUUGGGAGUCCGUCACCUCAAUUACCAGCUAGACCUGCUCGGUCAUUUUCCACACAACCACAGCCAAGGUGACAAGUAAGGUAUCUUUAAAGAUUCUCCUCGGUUUCUGUUCACUGUCGCUUGAUAUCUUACUUCUCUUAAAAUCGGUCUUGGUAACACGGAGAACCUCUUAAAGACAGUUGCGGUACUACUGGGAGACUCUUGUUUUGCAUUUACUUUAUACAAGGGGGUAUAUUUGUUUGUGUACAUGAAUAAGGUCAGCAGAGACUGGGAAUUUUCAAGGAUAAUUGGUGGAAAAUGGACAAACUGGUUUAGGGUUUACAAUCAAUAUACGGGGUUGUAUAUAAGGAGAAGAGAUGGGCUGGUUUUAGAAUUUUAAUUUGAAAAAGGAAAAGGGGUUAAGCCUUGUAAUUGUGGGUGGUUACUGAAGAAAUACUUAACACAAAAAGGUGAGGUAACUUCUUUUGGUUAUUUUCUUAAGUCUCUACUUAAGCAUGUUGCACUUGUCGACAUAGUAUUUCGUUUUUGUAUGGUAUAUUGGUAUAUGAUUUAUUCGCUCAUCCAUGUUAAUCUAAAGCUUUUCAUUGGUGUUUUUUGUAUAAGUUGCUUCCUUUGAAUUCAUAUAUUA